AUGGCUGAUGUUUUCAGAAGCCUAAAUCUCCUCGAGACCCUCAAAGAAUCCAUAGAGAGCAAUAAGUUAUCAGAUGUCAAGGAUGCAGUGGAAGAUCUCCUGAUCAGUAGGAUCAACUUAGCUGUGGUGGGCAACCGUGGGGAUGAAAAAGACUCCUUCCUGAACUCCCUCCGUGGCCUCGGACCUGGGGAUGAAGGGGCCGCUCCAUCUUCAUCCGUUGCUGCCUCAGAGGACAUGGCAGGCUAUCCUAACCCUAAACACUCUGACUUUCGUCUGUGGGACCUGUCGCCUGUGCCAGACACCUCCCCAUUUGAACCCGGGGGAUAUAUGGACAGAGUUAAGUUCCUCCGCUACAAUGCUGUCUUCAUGACAUUCACACAUGUACCCCAACCCAACAGCAUGGAGGUGUACUUGGAAGCCCGUUCACUGCAGCGACAAACAGUAUACUUUAUUCUCUUAGCUUCAGUGGAAGAAACAGAAAAGAAUCUGGAAGUAAAGAAAAAAGCCAGUCUGGAAAUACUGAAAUCACGUGGUUUGACACAGCCUAAAGUCUAUCUGGUCAGACCCUCCACCCUGGAGAGGUUUGACUUCCCUGGUCUGUUGGACGACAUGAGCAAAGACCUUCCAGAAAUCCGUGCCCACGCCCUUCUCUUAGCUCUACCAACACUCACUUCAGCCCUGGUCACCCAGAAAAAAGAGGCAUUCAAAGCACUAGUAUGGGCAGCCGCCUCGCUAUCUGGUGGGAUGUCAGCUAUUCCUGUUCCCCUGGUAGCCUCUAUGGUGGACUCAAGUGUAGCAGUGCGGGUCCUGACGAAAGCGCAGUUGUCUCUGUGCCUGGACGACGAAUCGGUUGAGCGACUGGCCCGGCGGCGAGGCAUGGAUCCCACAAGACUCAAAGGGCUGCGGACUUGUGUGCUGUCAGUGGAGGUCACCAAAGGGGAAGUAAAGAGGCGGCUGGCAGCGGCAGAAAAGGACUUGGCCACCGUUUCAUCGAAACUGGUGGAGAUGGCGAUGCCCAGACAUGCCCGUUCUGCCAGCCGCUCCUUCGCUGCCACGCUGCAAGCUUUAAAUGGCGCCAUUGAUGAAAUGGCGGCCGAUGCUGAGAAAAUAGUAGAUGCUGCUCUGGGGGAGGGGAAGUGAAGUCAAAUGCUUUUCUUUUUAUUCGAUGUUUCCUGUUUAUGUGUGGUUCACCCUCACUUUUAUGUUUUGGGAUACAAGAAAUGCACAAUUUAGACAAUGCUUCAUAAAUCUUUUGGUUCUUUUUCACUGUUUCUGAUUACCAUGAACUUCUAAAGAAAACACU